AUGACCCCAAUCUCUGUUAUCCUCGUCACUGAUAAUAAGCUGACAAGGCCCAAAACCAUGUCCACCACACGAGAAAAGCUCCUCAGAACAACCUCCAGAUUUGUCUCAACGUUCGGGUCCUUUGACAUAGAGGAAAUUCUCUCCAUUCGCACGCCAACAUGCCUUUACCACCAGUGCUGCCCCAGCUUCAACAAAAAUGUCGUAACGAACGAGGAAACCCGUGCGAACUUCCCGCAGUUCAUCGCUACUUUCAAACGAUUUGACUUUUCCAUCAUCGAGCCAGACCAUACCCUUGUCGAUGAGGCUGCUAGGAGAGUGAUGAUCCGCGCUAAGGCUUCCGCAGAAAGCAUUGUUGGAGCCUAUGAGAAUGAGUACAUCUUUAUUCUGAAGAUGACGGACGACUGUAGGUUUAUCGAGGAGAUCUACGAGUUCUACGAUACCAUAAGGCUGAAGGAUCUCCAAUACCGGUUAGAAGCGAAGCAUAUCUCUUACGGGGAUGCUGCGCCCUUUAAAACGAGGGAUACUCAGUUAUGA